AUGAACCGGGAAGAACAUUACUACUCAGCCAGUCACCUUUACAAGGACUCCUGUGCCUACCAGAGGCCACACAAUGAAGAGUUCAGCCCAAGCCCACCGCCUUGCCUUUACAUGACCAGACAGACCCAAUCCGUCUACGUUUCUCCUACCUUAGGCACCCAGGACCAGCACAACCAUCUUCCUGAUAUCACAUCCUAUGUGCCCGGACGAGAAGACCUGCCAGUGCCUCAUCUGCACCACUCACAAGCCCAACAGCUGCCCCUCCAAACUUUCACGGGUUACGGAGACUCUCUGGACCUGUGCUCUGAACGAAACAGGUGCCAUCUUCCUUUCCCUUGGAUGAAAUCGACAAAAUCUCACACGCAUGCUUGGAAAGGACAAUGGACAGGUGCGUACACGGCGGAGCCAGAGGAGAACAAGCGCACGCGCACGGCCUACACGCGCGCACAGCUGCUCGAGCUGGAGAAGGAGUUCCUCUUUAACAAGUACAUCUCGCGACCGCGGCGCGUCGAGCUCGCGCUCACACUCAGCCUCACCGAGCGCCACAUCAAGAUCUGGUUCCAGAACCGGCGCAUGAAGUGGAAGAAGGAGGAGGACAAGCGCAGGGCGCGUGGCGGCGGUGGCACGGAUCCCGAGCAGGACUCCUCCGUCACUUCCGGCGACGCGUGUGGCACCACGCACGCGGCACCACCUUCACCUCUGCAGUCUCACAGCGCGACUUCGGGUCCGCGAGACCCCGCGUGA